AUGAGGGCUUUAACACGACUUCUGUUCUUUUCUAGUGCUUUAUUCUCAGUUUUGUUGAAUUCUGCUGCAUUAGACACCAUAAAUACAGGUCAAGCACUCCGAGACAAUGAUAUGCUUGUUUUGGCUGGUGAAACGUAUGAGUUGGGCUUCUUUAGCCCCGGUAACUCCAACAACCGAUACUUGGGGAUAUGGUUCAAGAAAAUAUCUCCACAGACAGUUGUAUGGGUUGCUAACAGAAAAACUCCACUCACCAGUACCACAGGUGUGCUCAAAGUCAAUAGCAAUGGAAUGCUACUGCUUUUUAGUGGCAAUAAUACCGUGAUUUGGUCUUCCAAUUCAUCGGUAUCUCUUGGUAAUGCUCCCGUUGUAGCAAAGCUUCUCGAUCCUGGGAACCUUGUUGUGUGUGACGAUAGUAGCACUGACGAAGAUUUCGUUUGGCAAAGUUUCGAUCACCCAACCGACACAUUGCUAGCGGGAAUGAAAUUCGGGAAGGAUUUGGUAACAGGCGUAGACAGGUACUUGACGUCGUGGAAAAGUAUGGAUGAUCCUUCUCCAGGUCUGUAUGUAAGUUAA